AUGUCUGAGGAGACAACGAAGGUGAACGGUCUUACCACUCCAGCACUAGCCGAUGGUGAGUUUAUGGACGCAAAGGACGAGUUUUUGGUGGAGGAGAAGAAGCCAUCAGCGCUUGAUAUUGCUACGAAUAUCGAGACGAAGGUCAAGUCCCUCUUUGAGCAAGUCGAAAAGGACGACGAAGAAGUGAACAGAAGGUUGACCAAAUUGACAAAAAUGGUGGAAGAGUUGCAUAAGAGCUUGACAAGCUGA